UCUCGGUUUCGACUUCCUUCCCUGUUGGCGGAAGUCUGGAAGCUAACUUGGUGUCUCUGUCGCUGCUCAACACAAACGCUUUCUUUCAAACCAACACUUUUAUUUUUUUUUUCUUCCUUCUCUAAAGCGCUACGAAGUGCUCGUUUGGAGUUGGAUAAACGCUGCGUUCGCUCAGGGAACGACGUCGUUAGGCAAGCGGCGUACCAUCUUCCGCUGAGCUCGCUAACGCGUUUUCAAGCUAAACUUGUGCCAACCUACUUUGGAGGGACAGCGAAAGCCGCUUAACAGAAGUCGCGUUUUGACUUCCCGAACCCAAUUUAAGGGGACUUUUUGGGGGUCGCGAGCAGAGAGGAGAACCGUUCACGGACCCCCGCCUUGGCUCCAACCAUCCGGCUGGGAAGUUACGAAAUACAAAUACUUCUUUCCUCUGCUUAAGUACAUUUGCCAGGUAUCUGUACCUACUUUUCUGACAACUGUUUACGCUUCCUUCCUACACUUGAAACAGAUGAUGUCCCUGGUGCAGCGAGUGUUCCUGUCAUGGAUCUUCAGCCUGAUCUUCCUCAUCAUGCUGGUCCUCAAACUGGACGCCAAGGUGCACUGGAACUGGUUCCUCAUCUUCCUCCCCGUGUGGACGCUGGACGCCAUCCUGGUCCUGCUGCUGCUGGUCAAGCUGGCCGGCCGGUGCCAGGCGGAGCCGGAUACGCGGGAGGGCGAGCCGGGCCCGGCCCGCCGCCUGUGCUACCUGGCGGCCGUGGGGCUCAAGGUGGCCUUCUGCCUCAGCUUGUGCUCCCGCCUGGAGAGGCUGACCGACGUGUGGCUCAGCGUGGUGUGCGUGCCCCUCUGGGUCCUGCUGGGCGGCGCCCUGGUGGAGCUCGGACGCGGCGUCUUCGGCCUGCGCAGGCUCUGAACGUUUUCCUCACGCGUUGUUCAUUACUAUUCUUACCAUGAAAGACUAAACUAUUAAAAUAAAAGAUUUUUAGGGGUUCCUCCCAGUUUUUUGGCCUCCAAACGAGGUCCUCGGGGGCUCCCCCCCCCCCCUGAAAAAGCAGCGUACAACCUUCAAUUUUCUUUUUUGAAGCUUGAUACCAACUCACACUCAUUACUUUGUAUUGUCACAGUGUGUAGAAAUUCAUCGUUGUUCUUAACUAAUCCCACUGUGUGGUGAUUUGUUGCAGAAAAACUAAGCACUUUGUAGAGCAUCACUACAUUUGUGUCAGGAGGUUGCAUCAAUUUUUUUUCGCCCAUAUUUAUUUUGCAAAGUCCAAUCAGAUUUCUACAAAGGAGUACAUGCUGAGCAGGAAUUAGUUUGUAUUUUUUUUUUAAAUGCAAGAAUAAAUUUAUAAAUGACCAGAAUAAUCCAAAUGUUUUGUGAGAGAAAAGUAAUUUUGUUCGGAGAAUAAAGUUCUA